UAUUUUAAUCCGUUACCGGCCACACACACACAAAGAACAAAAAAAAAAAAACUACACGCCAUCGAGUGCCUCGCAUAAUGCGCAAACUGCUUGUCGCAUGCUAACCUCAACUCGGGCAUUGUACCAACUUUUAGGUACUAAGUGAGUUGAUGUCAGUCCAGCCCAUGGCGGCAUGUACGUUCAAGGUACCUCCGCGCCCAGGGCAACAAGCGCGGGUACACAGGCUCUACCUCGCACUUGUUCCUUUGGCUGCGUUAACCUUAUCCGAUUCCGGCCCCGAGUCCUGUCGGCAGGCUUCCACUCUUUUCUCGUCUCGUUCCAUCAUGACCUCGUUCUCCUUGUCGCCAUCGUUGCAGAGUUCAGCCAAUCUCCACUCCGACUCUUACUCGUCCAGGUAGCUUCUUGCGGUCGGUACCUGUAAUUUGUAAAGCCAAAGGUAGGUAUGCAACUAAUGGGGCACUCGGGCUGCCUGCUCACCAUCCGAUUCGAGGUAAAAC